AACGUAAAGACUCUUUGGUUAAAAAACCUGUAUACCUAAAUAAAAAGAAAAUACCACAACAAUUAUUGGUCAUAUUCGCAAUUUACAAUGAAUUCAAAGAGUUUACUGACACACCCCUUAGGUUAGAUAAUUUAAUAAUAAUAUUCACCUGAAAAGUAUUUUAAAAAUACCCUGUCUUCGUAUUUUGAAUUGAGCCAGUGACUGCAGUUGCGUGGCAACGGAACUCAAACAGGUGCACAACUCAACGUCUUCUAACUGACCAGAGGGAACGUAUUUAGUGCAACGCUAGCUAGAAAGUUUUUUUUUUUUUUUUUUUUAAUUUUACCAAGGAGAAAGGACAAAGACUAUAUAAAGGUGGUUGCUUCUGUUGCUUCUAUAUGUGAAUUAACGAUGAAUAUGACUGGCGGAAAUACCACUUACACGUUGAAAUAUAUAGAUAGAAGUCCAAACAUACCGACGGCCGGAAAACUAAUACCUUUGGGAGACAGGGCGAAGACCUGCUUACAAGAACGGGAAAAGCCCUCCACCCCGCCGGUGAUAAGAAAAUUCCGCAACAACGUCCAACCAGAACCAGGAGCCAUCAGAGUGCACCCAGGCAAGGCAAAUGAUCCAGAUAUUGCCAGCACUCUUGUUCAUGGCGUCAGCACCAAAUCAUCCCUCACUGGCAGAAGUUUGCUAAAUCCUCCUCAAAUGACCUUGUUCCAGAAGAAGUUAGAAGAGCUCAGUGAAGCAGUGUACACUUCCAGUCAUAAAGCACCUCUGGGCAGAUCACGUGAUCAGCAUAUUGGACUUCCCACGUGGUAUAAUGACGAAAUUAUGUUUGGUGUUAAAACAGCUAAAGGGUUAGAUGUAUGGGAGAUCAUUAACUCUUUAAAAACAGCUGAGGAGGUGGAGAGGGAAGCCCAGGAGGGACAUGAGGCUUAUGUUCGCAGCCACAAUGCCUAUUUUGUUGGUGAGAGGAUUGAUAGGAAAUAUGACUGGAGUCACUACAGUAAGGACAGCAGGUUUGGGAUCCUCACACCUCACUUUAAUGAUGGCCGUAAUCUUCGCAAAACCCUCCACUGGCUCGGGGAGUCACAGAAGUUUUACAAUCCAAAGGCUGUGUGGAAGAGAUCUGGGAACAGGGAAAAGAUUGAGCCAAAAACUGACAAAGCGAUCAAGAUAAGUCCUUUGAAUAUUCCACCAGAUCACACCUUUGGAUUGCUCUUGCCACCAAAUGAAUAUGGUGUUGGAGAUAUAAUCCACUCCACAAAGCCAGGGGAGUAUGUGAGAGGUCGAGACCGACAGCGCAGCCUGGUGAACGCAGUGCGACACCACCUCAAGAGGGUCAAUUUCCACAACUUCCCCUCCCUGCUGCAGGCAUUCAGACAUUAUGACAAGAAAGGAAAGGGAAUGAUUGACAAGGCAGACCUUCAGGCAGUGUGCAGUCAGUUCCAGCUAGAUGUUAGCGGGCCAGUCCUUGAUGACCUGAUGGAUUACUGUGACACAGACAAGGACGGACUGAUAAACUUUGUGGAGUUUGCUAACUUCCUCAAUUGGAAGGACAAGAUGCCCAUCAACGCUCGGGAUCAAGGCAUCAUAACAAAUGAGCGUCAGACCAGCUCGGCUCCAGCUAACACAGAGAGGAAGCCUUUGACAGAAUCAGAACAGCUUCCUGCCUCCCAGGCCUUGAUUAAACCUGAGGACCUGGAGCCUAUAGAGCCAGGCAGCUCAAAGAAGACUCUCAGGACCCUGAGGCGACCCAGGGCAGUCCCAGACCACUUCAUCACCUCCUCCUCCUUCAUCGGGGCCAUCAGUGAUGCUUCGCUCACAUCGAACAGUCGCUGCUACGGCAUCCCGUCUGUGCGCUCCGACCUUCCAGCUCCACGCAUCAAAAGAGUCAGUGACACCACAAACUAUGGUGAUACAUCCACAGCUGCAGAUCUCCUGCAUCCAUCAGUUCACGCCCUCCGGGGUGUUCACGAGGAACACUUGUUCUGUCCUCGCACUAAGACUGAGAUUGCAGAGAUCUUCAGGAACGUGGGUGUGAAUAUUUCUGAGGAAACCUUUGAAGAGGCCUGGAAGCUGGCGUCCAUAAAGCAACCGGACGGGGAGGUUUGUGUUGAGGUUUUCCGUACUGUACUUAAGGAAAUAAAAGCAAUGUAGUCCUGAAGAUGUUUUUUACUGGAACGGUGUUUCCCCAUCACAAAACUUGGAAAAUGUUUUAGUUUAAUGGGAGUGCAUUUUUGACAUAAUGAAGAAGAUUGGGCUUCUGCAGCCCAAAACAUGUAGGAGGAAAUAUUCAUCUAAAGGUCAAGGUAGUUGUGUUGUCAAACUUUUCACUUGACAACUUUAAGUAAAAAUUUCAAUUAUCUAAGUAACCACAUUGUCGCGUAGUGUAGAGAGCGUAGAGAAACAAAAAAGGCAUUUUUAAUGCAAGUCAUAAUCGUUCUGCAUUUUCUGUCUUUACAAUUGGGACACUUAUUCUGAAGCAUCUGGAGCAAUAUGACAAUUCUUUAUUAUUAUAGGGUUGCUUAUAUGAAUGUAGGUGGCAGCCACUGGAGAUCUGAAUGAAUAAAGUCAGUAUUCAGUUUGAGCUUUGCUCUGUUGGAAGUGAUGCAUUCUUACAUUAAUCUCUAUGAACUCCAGGCAAACAAAAUGUUCUAUUUUAAUCUUUUUUGACAGUGGGUUUUGUUUGAAUUGGCUGGUGAACUAACUAAAUGCUAAGAACUAUGUCUUGUGCAGGCGAUCAGCUCAAUUUAUUAUAAUAUAAAAUAUAAUAUAUAACUCAAAGGUAAAUCCCACAUGCUAUUAAUCUGUUCAACUUUCCCACUGUUACUUUAGCAUGAUUCUGGUUAUGAAUUCGUUGAAACAAUAAAUACAGCACAGCAGCUCUCCAUAGAACAUCUUUUAAAAAUGAAACAUCUUUUAAUGGCUAACAUCAGACUAAUGUGUUUUGUCAUAUAAACCUUUAUCUGAGCUUCCUCUUGACCCAUUUUUUGGGUUAUGUGCUUUUGGAGUGCUGCCUUUCCUGUUAUUUCAUGAAUUCGCUGGAAGCCACUUAGUUUCUGGCAGAGCACCCAUUCAAAAGAAGGUUAUGUGAAGAGACAUACUGCACCUGUUACGCAUUUUUAAUAUUUGGACUUAUAUCUUACACCAUCAGGUUGGUUGUAUAUGAUGAUAUGCUGGAGAACUGAGCUACAUUUUGAAGCUCUGCCUUCAUCAUUGGGAAUGGCAACAAACAACUUCAAUGUAGUUUUACUUGCACUGUUUAUAGCAGCCAACAUUGUACCACAGAGCACGUUUUACACCAAUAAAUAAACUUUGACUUAA